AUCUCUGGAAGUGAUGAGGACUCAGUCCUUUCUGGCAGUUUUGCUUUGGAGCUCUGUGUUUUAUGUGGUUCAUAUGACGCCAUCCCAAAAAAGGACUAACAAGCACUCACACAGUGAGAGGAUAACAGAAAUGUCAGAGAAUGAUGGAAAAACGCUGCACCGCGCCAAGCGUGGUUGGAUGUGGAAUCAAUUUUUCUUGCUGGAGGAGUACACAGGUCCAGAUACUCAAUACGUGGGCAAGCUACACACUGACCAAGAUAAAGGAGAUGGAAAUUUAAAAUACAUAUUAACAGGAGAUGGGGCUGGCAGUCUGUUCAUUAUAGAUGAAAAUACAGGAGAUAUUCAUGCUGCAAAGAAAUUGGACAGAGAAGAAAAGUCCCUGUAUGUGCUACGUGCCAAGGCUAUAGACAGAAAAACUGGAAGACAAGUGGAGCCAGAGUCUGAAUUUAUCAUUAAAAUCCACGAUAUCAAUGACAAUGAACCAAAAUUCACCAAGGACAUGUACACCGCCAGUGUUCCGGAGAUGUCUGGAGUUGGUACAUCUGUUAUUCAGGUGACAGCCACAGAUGCUGAUGAUGCCAACUAUGGGAACAGUGCCAAAGUGGUGUACAGCAUCCUCCAGGGACAGCCAUAUUUCUCAGUGGAUCCAGAAACAGGCAUAAUCAAGACUGCUUUACCAGACAUGAGCAGAGAAAACAGGGAGCAGUACCAAGUGGUCAUCCAGGCUAAGGACAUGGGAGGCCAGAUGGGAGGACUGUCAGGAACCACCACCGUGAACAUCACGCUGACUGAUGUCAACGACAAUCCACCUCGCUUCCCCCAGAGCUCGUACCAGUUCAGCUCUCCUGAAUCUGCACCACCUGGGACUCCUCUUGGCAGAAUUAAAGCCAAUGACCCCGAUGUGGGAGAAAAUGCAGAGAUUGAGUAUAGCAUCUCCAAUGGGGAUGGAUCAGACAUGUUUGAUAUCAUCACUGACAAGGACACACAGGAAGGGAUUAUAACUGUCAAAAAGCAUCUGGAUUUUGAAAACAAGGUGUUAUAUACCCUAAGAGUAGAAGCAACCAACACUCAUCCUGAUCCUCGUUUUCUUCAGCUGGGGCCAUUCAAAGACACAGCUUUAGUCAAAAUUUCUGUUGAAGACACUGAUGAACCUCCAGUGUUCAGCAGACCCUGGUAUUUAAUAGAAGUAGAUGAAGAUGCCAAGGAAGGAAGCAUUAUUGGGCAGGUUGUAGCCCAAGAUCCAGAUAUAGCAAAGAAUGCAAUAAAAUAUUCUGUAGAUCGACACACUGACCUUGACAGAAUAUUCAACAUCUAUUCAGGAAAUGGAUCCUUAUUCCUCUCAAAGCCACUUGACCGAGAGGAAACUCCCUGGCACAACAUCACUGUCAUAGCAACUGAAAUCAGUAAGUUGAAGAUAAAAUUAUUCAUUGGAAAAAAUGUAUUGGAUUAUUUUCAUAUACAUAUCUCUUUGUAUUGUAUUUUUUUUUCAGAUAAUCCUAAACAAAGUAGCCAGAUACCUGUCUUCAUACGGAUUUUAGACAUCAACGAUCAUGCACCAGAGUUUGCCAACUACUAUGAAACAUUUGUUUGUGAAAAUGCAAAAGCAGGACAGCUUAUACAGACUGUGAGUGCAAUUGACAAAGAUCAGCCUCCUCGAGGACACAAAUUUUUCUUUGAGCUGGUGCCAGAAUUUGCUGUUCAUCCAAACUUCUCUGUUGUAGACAACAAAGACAACACAGCAGGAAUUAUGACUAGAAGAAAUGGGUACAGCCGUAGCAAGACGAGCACCUACCUUCUGCCAAUCAUAAUAUUUGACAACGACUACCCGAUCCAGAGCAGCACGGGCACGCUGACCAUCCGGGUGUGUGCCUGCGACAGCCGGGGGAACAUGCAGUCCUGCAGCGCCGAGGCCCUGCUCCUGCCCGCCGGCCUCAGCACCGGGGCGCUGGUGGCCAUCCUCCUCUGCAUCAUCAUCCUGCUAGUAUUAGUUGUCUUGUUUACGGCUCUCAAGCGACAGAGGAAGAAAGAACCCUUGAUCAUCUCAAAGGAUGAUGUUCGGGACAAUAUUGUGACCUACAAUGAUGAAGGAGGCGGGGAAGAAGACACCCAGGCUUUUGACAUUGGCACACUGAGAAACCCAGAAGCAAGGGAGGAAAGUAAGAUGAGAAGAGAUGUUCUCCCAGAAACAAUAUUUCAGAUAAGGCGGACUGCACCUCUUUGGGAAAACAUUGAUGUCCAAGAUUUUAUUCAUAGAAGGUUAAAGGAAAACGAUUUAGACCCAGCUGCCCCUCCUUAUGAUUCAUUAGCAACGUAUGCCUACGAAGGAAAUGAUUCCAUAGCAAAUUCACUCAGCUCCCUGGAAUCACUCACCACAGAAGGCAACCAAGACUAUGAUUACCUCAGUGACUGGGGACCUCGGUUUAAAAAACUAGCAGAUAUGUAUGGUGGAGAAGACAGUGAUCGAGACUGAGAAAGUAAUCUGUGACCUGGUCAGUGUUAGUGGAAUUUAUGUUUAUGUUCCUAGAUAA